AUGAAUCAUGAAUCCAUGCAUGGUAAAUCUGCCCAUGAUAGCACUGAUGGUACCGACGAUGGUAUGGUCGAUGUGCAAAAUGAUCAACCUAAUCUGCUUCCCGGUCGGUUGAACUACAACACCGGCGAUGAUGCAACAACGAUGGGGAAUGCCGAUCGAUUGAAAUCUUCCGAAAUUGAAGAUGUCGAAGGCUUUUUGACAAGCCCAAACUCAUUACUGCUCGAUCCUGUACAGGCUCAAUCGACCGAAAAUAUCUUUUCUACAUCGUCGCAACGAACCUUGCCACCGAGUUCAUCAAAAGGAGAUCGCAAACGACGGUUGACUGGUAAUGGCGAUGGAAACCGGCUUCAAAGAACACGCUCUGGUGGAGCCUCUUCUCAAAACAUUGACUUAACAAGGAACUCAUUGCCCCACCGAUCUGUCUCAAUGGUUGCUCCAUCAUCGAGAGGUGCCUCCUCGAACGUUCCUGGAUCUUCUUAUGAGAAUGCGUUAGACAUCACAUCGUCUCCACCUGAUACCAAUGGGCAACACUCCCCAAGGAGAUCUGAUGUCUCGGGGCGUUUGGACAGACAAUUACCUUCUCGAACUGGGCCGAGUGGGCCCCAAGAAUAUCAAGGCAGAAGAUAUUCACAAAAGCCGCUACCUAGAUGGCCAUCCAACAAUGACCUGGGCGGCCCAGCCAGGGCUGUAUCAAGUAACCCUGUCACCUCGAGUUUCUCGAAUCUGCCGUCUCAAAUGGUGUCCCGCGGGCCAAGAAGAAACUCCGACGCUAUAUAUUUGGAUGACCAGCCGGAUAGAUAUCGUCUUCUCCAAAGUCGAAGCGGCAGUGACGUGAUCCGAAAUUCCGAGAGAAAUUGUGCCAACUGGCAACAAAGUACUGCUGAUGAUGCGUCACGCUUGCCAUAUCCAAGUGUAUCCUCAGUAUCAAGACAUCAGGGCAGGGGCCAGCAAUUUCUAGAGAACCAGGAAUCAGCUUUCGAAAAUCAAGCGAGCCUGGACUCCGAGCACGGAUCCAUCGAGGAGACGAGUAUCCGGAAUGACAGCUGCUUUUUGUCACCAAACGGAGCUGCUCGAGUUCGACAUGAUAAUUGGCGGGGAAAUCUCCGAACGGGAUCAAACUCGCAUCAUUCAGGAAGAGAUGAUGGAGUCAUUCUUGAAGGAACAUCUCGAUGGAGUGGCGGCGGUGGAGAUGGCAUGAACAGGGAAAGAUUCAAUAGGCGAAGGCCGUCUGGCUCGUCAAACCAGGGGUCCCAGUGGAGAACUGAUCAAACCGCAGAGGCAUAUCAGGAUCUUGAUUUACCGAGAUGGCAGCCUGAUUCCGAAGUAACGAGCUGUCCUAUAUGCGGGACGAUCUUUAGUUUCUGGUAUCGAAAGCACCAUUGUCGGAAGUGUGGACGAGUGGUGUGUGCUUCUUGCUCACCUCACCGAAUCACCAUUCCCCGACAAUUCAUCGUUCGCCCGCUUGACUCACCAACCCCGGUCUUGCCUGGAUCCUCGUCGACUCCACCUUCAAGAAGCUCUGUUAUUGACUUGACUGGAGACGAUCCUGAUUUAUUUACAUCUACCAUCAACCCUGCUCUGGGUGGUGGAGAAGAAGUUCGUCUGUGCAAUCCUUGUGUACCUGACCCAAAUCCGAAUCCACUUGGCUACGGUUCUCCCCGAGCACUUGGCCAUCGUUCCACUCACUCUCUCUCCGCAACGAUGGGUCAAAACUGGUCUGCUCCCUCUCGCGGAAUUUCUCGCCUGGAACGACGCACUGUGGGAGACAAUGACCGCCCAUCAUUCCUCCGAGACAUUCGGCAAUCAACUCGCCGGUCUAGCUUCACUCAAAUCCCAUCUUCAGAAGAGGAGCUCGCCGAGGAGGCGGAGCGUCGCACCCACCGCCGAGACGGCUAUGUGAUAUGGGCUCGUCCACCGCCUGAAGCCGGCCCAUCUAGUCAGCCGUGGACACAGUUUGAACCGUCAAUGCCAAUACCUUCACUCUCAAUCUCUGAGCGAGAUAUCUGCCCUAUCUGCGGGCGGAUAUUCAUGCCACUAAGCGAGCAUUACCCACAGUCAUCACGCGAAGCUCAUGUUCGAGACUGCCUCGCCCGCCGCGAUACCCAGCAUGCGGGCACCCAACUGCCACCACCGCCACCGGCAGCCGCCCGCAUGCUAGAGUUCGCCGCCACCGAGAAAGACUGCCUCGGGGACGACAGUGCCACGGAAUGCAUGAUUUGCAUGGAGGAGUACAAGGUCGGCGACAAGCUGGCCCGUCUGGAGUGCCUCUGCAAAUUCCACAAGCGGUGCAUUGUUGGCUGGUUCGAGCGGAAGAUGGAGUGUCCUGUGCACAAGCCGUCUUAG